AGCUCUUAGGUGAAGCAAAAAAGCAGGAAGUUCACACAACAAUAACAGCAGUUUGGAAACUUUUUUAAUCUCUAAACCUCUCCCGGCUGUAACUUUUUAUAUUUAUAUUUUUUAACAACUCUCUUGAUUUAGUGUGAAUUAUAAUUUAAUGAUUUGUGGAGCCUGGUGUCCCGGCAGUAUGGAACUAUUCCAGCACCGUUUGUUUACAUGGUGAAUCAGCUGACAAGCUAAUGUUAGCAGCCUAGCUUUUAAAAUUGGAGUCAUAUGAGCUGGUUGUUAUCAAGUAGCUUUGUCCUCAUGAAUGAAUCGCUACGUUAGAGAAGGAGUCGACAUACGUUUACACAUUAUUAAAUAAUUGUUUUAGAGUCGUGGUUAACCGAUAGGAGAGUAACAGUAUGCUAAGCUAACGUAAAGUGCGUGUUGAAGUGUUGAAGACGUUGGUUCAGGUCUUUAGUAAAAGAAAGGGGUGCCCUGCAGUAUCUCUGUGUAAGAUGCCGUGUUCCUGUGGGAACUGGAGAAGAUGGAUCCGGCCAUUGGUCGUUGUGCUGUACAUCUUGUUGCUCUUAGUGGUCCUGCCGUUGUGCAUCUGGGAACUGCAGAAGUCAAAGGUUGGCACUCAUAACAAAGCAUGGUUCAUCGCUGGGAUUUUUGUCUUCAUGACCAUACCCAUAUCAUUAUGGGGCAUCCUCCAGCAUCUAGUGCAUUAUACUCAGCCAGAGCUUCAAAAACCUAUCAUCAGGAUAUUGUGGAUGGUUCCAAUCUACAGCUUGGACAGUUGGAUUGCACUGAAAUACCCCAGUAUAGCAAUAUAUUUUGACACAUGCAGGGAGUGCUACGAGGCGUAUGUCAUUUACAACUUCAUGACGUUCUUGCUUAACUACCUGGAAAACCAGUACCCCAACCUGGUGUUGAUGCUGGAGGUUCAGGAGCAGCAGAAACACCUGCCUCCCCUCUGCUGCUGCCCACCGUGGCCAAUGGGAGAGGUUCUGCUGCUGAGAUGUAAGCUGGGAGUGUUGCAGUACACAGUAGUAAGACCUGUCACCACAAUCAUUGCUUUAAUCUGUCAGCUGUGUCGAGUGUACGAUGAAGGCAACUUCAGUUUCAAAAACGCAUGGACAUACCUGGUGAUCUUCAACAAUAUGUCACAGCUGUUUGCCAUGUACUGCCUGGUGCUCUUCUACAAGGCUUUGAGAGAGGAGCUGAAUCCAAUCAAACCAGUCGGCAAAUUCCUGUGUGUGAAAAUGGUGGUGUUCGUCUCUUUCUGGCAAGCUGUGGUCAUUGCUUUGCUGGUUAAAGUGGGCAUUAUCUCAGAGAAGCGCACAUGGGACUGGCAAAGUGUGGAAGCUGUAGCUACUGGCUUACAGGAUUUCAUCAUAUGUGUGGAGAUGUUUCUCGCAGCCAUUGCCCAUCACUUUAGCUUCACCUACAAACCUUACGUGCAGGAGGCCGAAGAAGUGUCUUGUUUUGACUCUUUCAGGGCAAUGUGGGACAUCUCCGAUGUCAGAGCAGAUAUUUCUGAACAAGUCCGCAAUGUUGGAAGAACAGUUAUGGGUCGUCCGAGAAAGUCCUACUUCAAUGAGGCGCAAAGUGAUGGUGAGCGAUCCNGCCUGCUCUCUUCUGCGUCUCAAGAUGCCAUCACCGAAGCAGCUUGUAAUCCAGUUUCUCCUAAGGGUCACUAUCAGGGCCUGGGCAGAACCCCCGCACCGCACUCUUUGUCAGCACCCGCUGGGCUCGGCUCAGCCCUGUGGGAGGAAGGGUGUGAGGCUAGACCUGAAGAAACCCAGGAUGAAGAAACUACCAACCAAACCAAAGACCCGACAGAGGCAGAUCUCAUUGUGAUCACCUAGCUUAGGUGUCGCAAACAAACUCUGCCAGACAUGGUUGGGCAGGGCCCAAUUAUAGCCUUGCCACAUUUUUUCAAACGUCAUUGAUGCAAACAAGACAAACUCAUUUAAAAGGGCACAAUGACCAUGUAGUAGUCAAAGUCUAACAAAAACAUGCAAGACAUAAUGGACCGCUUCCAGUGACAGCUUCAAGAAUGUUUGGUGAUUUAAUGGCACUAAAAGACUAGUAAGCAACGUCAUUUUGCUGUUUUAUGUUUUAUUAGAGAGUAGGCUAAGCUAGAAUUGGUUUUACCCAGGAAAGACACAAGAUCAGACAAAACAUGGCUCUCACCGAAGAAUAAGUGAAAUAUGGAGAAAUGUUUUCCAAAAAUGAAACUAUACAAUUUUAUGUGUCAUUCAUGCCGUAAUCUCAGAUGUGACAGAAGAGGGAAAUAUGCAACCUUUUAAACUGAAUAUCAUGCUUUUACUGGUUUUUGAAAAACUGAAAACCUGCACUACUAUAACUACAGAUAUCUGCUGUCGUUUCGUUCUAACUAGUCGAUUCAGAGGGAAGAAAAGAGCAACACGAUCUUGUACCACAGUUAACUGUGGUACAAUGAUGUGUACAUCACUAGAAAAGGGGUCAUAACUGACAAUAUCACACAGUAUCAGUAUAAAUGUAGUAUACUCCAUUUCAGAAGAGUAUGAAUAUAUACAAUUAAACAAUCCUAGUAUUAUUAAAAUCACAAUUCAGUUUUAAAAAGUACAAUCAACACCUCCUGGUUGGCUCUUAUCUAUGCUUUAAUGCGUACAGCUUACUCGACAGUUAAUAGAAUCCGCUAGUCUUCGCAGAUGCCUUGUUCUGUGUGCUGUGUAACUAGUCUGUUUACACAUCCAUGUAGAAUGUGUUUUAUUUUAUUUUUCAAUCUGGGAUCAUUUUUAUUUGGUGAGAUGUUUUCUGUCUCUUGUAAACUGAAAUAAUUUUGCACCUGUUGCACUAAAGCCAUUUGUUUUUCCAUAAAGGAUCCUUCUUUGUGAAUUCACAGAUUUGUUCAGGGAUAUUGCCAUCAUUAAUGUACAGUUUUGGGAUAUCAGUGUGUGGCACAGCGAGGGGUAACUGGCAUCAUGCCUGACUCUGGUAUGUCGCACUGCCUUAUGGGAAUUUCUUUUUCUUUUAAAAUAUGACUGACACAAUUGCAUCAGAUCCGUCGUUCUACAUUUUGAUUUAAUUCCAUCUCAGAUAUCCUCAAUAAAUCAAAAAAAAAUA